GCGCUCUGAGCGCACAGACGCAGCUCUGCGACCACCGCGACAGUCUGUGACAUGUAAUGAGAGCAGGACUACACGGCGCUGGUGAAAACCCACUGAGUGGAUGCUGGUCUGCUGACCUGUCACUGAUUGGAUCUCGCCAACGUCUGGAGUCUCACAUGCCUUAACACCACAAUGGAGCUCAUCCAGGCCACACAGGUUUCUUUGCUGCCUCAGGAAGCCCCUACAGCUGUCUGGAGUAACAACUCUGUUCCCCCCUACUCCCAUUUCCUGCUUCUGUCCACUACCUCUGAACCACUUCUCAGUCUCAACCCAGCCAAUGGUUCUUUACUCUUUAACGCCACUUGCCCAAACUGCACUAAAACUAAACCUGGAUCCCUCCCUGGUCUGGCUGGAAUCUUCAUCCCUCUUAUUUAUGGGAUAGUCUGUGUUGUUGGUUUGGUGGGGAACACUCUGGUUAUCCAUGUUGUCGUCAACUACACUAAGAAUGAGUCAGUCACAAACAUCUACAUCCUCAAUCUAGCCAUUGCAGAUGAGCUUUUUAUGCUGGGUCUGCCCUUCUUGGCAGCGCAGAACGCUUUGCUCUCGUGGCCCUUUGGAUCUCUAAUGUGCCGUGUGGUCAUGACAGUGGACGCCAUCAACCAGUUUACCAGCAUCUUCUGUCUGACUGUGAUGUCAGUGGACCGAUACUUGGCAGUGGUGCACCCCAUCCGGUCCUCUUGGUGGCGGCGCCCCCAUGUGGCCAAGGCUAUCAGUGGCACAGUCUGGGCAGGGUCCUUUGUGGUGGUGCUGCCAGUGGUGGUGUUUGCAGAUGUGCUGAAGGAUGAUGGGAACUGCAGCAUCGUGUGGCCUGAACCAGCAGAAGUGUGGAAGACUUCUUUUAUUGUGUACACAUGCACUGUUGGCUUCUUCUGCCCCCUGCUGGUCAUCUGCCUGUGCUACCUGCUGAUCGUCGUCAAGGUGCGAAGUGUUGGGAAACGGGCACAGGCCACAUCAUCCAGACGCAGGAAGUCUGAGCGUAAAAUCACCAGGAUGGUGGUCGUUGUUGUGGCCGUGUUUGUCUUCUGCUGGCUACCGUUCUAUGCGCUCAACAUCCUCAACCUCCUCGUGGUCCUGCCUGGAGACUUCAGGGGACUGUACUUUUUUGUUGUCGUGCUUUCUUAUGCGAACAGCUGUGCCAACCCCAUACUGUACGGAUUUCUGUCUGACAACUUCAAGAGGGGCUUCAGGAAGGCCCUGUGCCGCACUUCACGCAGGGUGAAAAGCAACGACAGGGCCGGCACUGAGGUGCAGCGACCCACAGAGGAGUGGGGCGGCAUUGUGCUCCAACCGCAACAAAGUGAGGGAGCCACCAGUGUGCACAGGAAAAACUCUGGUGAAGAAGAGGAGGAAAUCAAUGGAACAGAAGGAGCCAUGCAGCUGGCAGAGAUAUGCAAAACGUCACACAAUGGAAACCAAAAUGGAGUAAGAGAGGCCUCAAGGACCCAGGUGGUGCAGAGGGGGAAGUCUGAGCUGGGUACUGGCUCUGACGAAUUCUUGGAUCAAAACUCUGUGCUUGAUAUCAGCUAUCUGUAAGAGAAUGUUUGCAGUGGAUGACGGUACCUGCUUCUUAUGAGGAGUGACUGCAUUACAAUGUGCAAGUCUGUGAAGUUGCUGUGUAUCAUGUAACAGUCUGCCAGUAUCAAUGCAAGUCGCUUUGCAAUGGUUUGAGUGUAAAAACAAUUUAAAAGCAGGCACCAUUUUAACCAUGUUGAGCUGAACCCUAGGGAAAGCUGACAGAAGGCAAGAACACAUAAAGAAAACACUACACCUUGGAAAGUGGAUGAAUGCAGUUAUUGUCAGAAACAGUAUUUUUAGUCUCAGUUUAUCACCCUCAAUCUUGAGAAUGAGAAUGUUCUGCUAGCUGUGGUUCCUUAAAAUUGUCAGAAGUCUAGAUUUGACACCAAAAAGGCCACCAGAGACUGGUGUCACCAUGUAAACUUUGGUGGUUAGGGCUUCAAUCACUGCACAGGGCUCCAGAUUGCAAACAAGUGUGAAUGUAUGAUGAUAAUGAAAAACUUUUGCUAUGUCUCCUACCAGCAUGGGUAGCUACUGCUUUAGUCACAGUGGUGGAAAGGAGGACUUUUCAGUCCCUUCCUGAUGCAUAAAACAAGCUAUUAAGCUAUUGUGUGUGCCAUAAAUAAAGCAGUGUGCAGCUGGUCUUUAUAAAAAACAAGUCGAAGAAAAGAGGAUUUGACUCAGGCGUAACCAGCUGAGAGAGUUGGUCGCACCAGUGGAGGUCUGCUUUAUCAUCAGUGUUGCUUUGAUAUCUCGUACGUAAAUUGCUAAUGCACGUCCCAGUGGGAGAUAACAUGACUAAUGACUAUUGUGAAAUGAAAAAUGUCAGCUGUGUUUGCUUUUGAAAGAGGAAAACAGAACACAAAGGUAGUUGGUUUUCACAGACGCACUUUUAUGCAGCAGCAGCUACGAAUGUCUGAAUAUACGUCGAUUUUACUUAUUGCUGUAGGUCAAAGUGAUGCUUUCCUCCUUUUAAAGCUCCUGUUUAGACACUGAAUAAACCCCUAAACCUCACCUCUAAAAUGGUAUAUUAGGAAGUUUCCGUUACAUCAAAAUAAUUUUAUCCUGUCUCCAAACAGUUUAAAUGUAACUACAUUGUUGCUUCAUUUAGAAUCUGUAGAUCUAUGAAAUCUCCACCUCUUUCUCCACCCAUUUCUCCCCCACUGAGCAUGACCACACCAGCUCACAUAUAAUUGUGCUCAAACACUGUUACAUUAUGACAAGCUGUAAUAUUGGAGUUAUCCAGCUGUACAUGUUUGAAUCGGAAAACAAUUCCAAGACUGACGACACAGAAAGCCCGAGCCCAAGGAUUGUUCCCUCUGGUUUGUCUUAUACGAAACCCCAUCUGUCUGAAUCUGUGUUUUUGAGACCUUCAUCAGUACACUGCAGUUUCAAAAAGGAAUGCGAUGGCAUUGGCUGCUUUUUUCCCUUGUGAUGUGUCUUGUAGUGCACAAAAUAAAGCAGGGUUAACAAGGUUCAAAAGCUGAUUUCCACCAGAGGAAGUCUCUAAGGUUAACCAACAGCUGCUUGCUUUGGCUCAUACCUGUGACAAAUGUGCAAUAAUACUUUUUAAAUAGGUAUACCUCAGUUAAAAUCUCUGUGAUUUUCUUUCUGCUUUAAAUGUGUAGCGAGUCUGAACUGGAUUUGAAAAAAAUGUGUUUGUUUCUCUAAAUUUUCGCCAAAUUUUCUAUCAAAUAAUUUACAACCUCACACAUAUUAAACAGAACAUCAGAUGAAGAGAAGAACUGAUAUUUAAAUAUUGACACACCAUAGACAAUUACCUUUUCUGCAUUGAUUAAUAGAGGUUUUUUUUUAGGCAGAGAAGAAAAUUCACUACUCUUUAGCAGGGAUAUUUUCUUGUAGUACUCUCUACUUUAGGUGUCGUGAGACAACAUGAUGGUCCAGGCAAUGUAAAGAAACUAGAUGAUGGUAGUAAUCAGUAAAGGUGUGUUGUAAUGUAUUGCAAAUUCUGUAUUUCCUGUAUUUAAGGCUUAUAGACUUAGGUCAAACCCCUGACUGUCAAGCUAUUUUGCAAGAGCACCUUGUUCUUUUUGUUUUUUUCCUCAGUAUUAUGAUGUUGUAUUGUCAGCCAUGUUGUCAGAGCUUUGGUGAAGUACCAAAGCCAAGUGUAAUCUGCUGGCAGUGGGCUAAAUAAAUGUUUACAGGUGAUAUUGGUAAGUAAUUCAAAGUGAAAUAAAACCUAGUGUUGUAUGCAAUCAUGUCAGUUGAACUACUGCAUAAUACUCCAGUUUGUAAUAUGUACAUGAAUGUAACUGUUGUCACGUGUUCACCAAGAAAUACUUGAAACCAAUGAAAAACACUCUUCUGCCUUCUUUCAAACCACUGCCCUUCCUAAAGAAAUAAGAAUUUUAAUGAUGUUUGUUCACUUUAAACACUUUCAGGUUCCAACAAGACUAAAGCAGAUUGCGGCGCUCAUC